AUUUCAAAGAUUGAAGGAGAAGCGUUCACUGUCUCACUCCGAUUCUACCAAUAAGGCGCAAAAAGAAGCCAUGGACAUCGACGAUACGCUAUUGGACGAGAAAGCAAGAAGAACGAGAGAUCUGCUCGCCAGUUUCUACUCUCCAAUCCCUUCAGCGUCCUCCAACAAUCCUUUUUCCAAACACAUCUCACCCGAUGACAUCGAUUCCUCUUCCUUCCAACCUGAUCAGUACAUGAAAAUCAUGGCGCGAAAGAGCAAUUUGGAAGGUCUACUCCAGAAGCACGUUGAAAUGGUAGCUGAAAUAAAGAAUCUAGAUACUGACUUGCAAAUGCUCGUCUACGAGAAUUAUAAUAAGUUCAUCUGCGCUACAGAUACUAUAAAGAGGAUGAAGAGUAAUAUUUUAGGGAUGGAGGAAAAUAUGGAACAGCUUCUUGAGAAGAUCAUGUCUGUACAAUCAAGGAGUGAUAGCGUUAACACUUCUCUGUGCGAAAAUAGGGAGCAUAUAGAGAAAAUGCACCGGACAUGCAAUCUUCUUCGUAAAGUUCAGUUCAUAUAUGACCUACCUGAUAGAUUAGGCAAGUGCAUCAAGUCCGAGGCCUAUGCAGACGCGGUCAGGUUCUACACCGGUUCAAUGCCAAUUUUUAAGGCCUAUGGAGAUUCAUCAUUCCAAGAUUGUAAGCGAGCAUCUGAAGAAGCAAUAGCUAUCAUAGUAAAAAAUUUGCAGGGAAAAGUAUUUUCAGAUUCUGAAUCAAUGCAAGUGAGAGCCGAGGCUGCAGUUCUCUUGAAACAGUUGAAUUUUCCUGUGGACUAUUUGAAGACAAAGCUACUGGAGAAGUUGGAGCUUUCGCUUACAGACGUGCAGAUUAUCCCUGAAGUAAUGAAGAAUGAGUAUCCCUCUGUUCACGAGGCAGCCAUUAACGAGUUCGUGGAGGCCCUUCGUGCAUUUCGAGUAAUAUUUCCAGAUUCAGAAAAGCAAUUAGUUAAACUUGCUCAAGACCUGCUGACCAAGUACUUUGUAAUUAUAGAAGCGUAUGUGAUGACACGGAUUUGUUCGGAAGAUCUACUUGGCGUUCUUAGAGUUAUCUGGAAUGACGUGCUCCGAUUGGUUGAAGUCUUAGAGGAUAUAUCUCUCUCAAAUCAUUCCCUCGAGGCUACCAAGAAUGCUGUCAAGCUGUAUAUUAGAAGUGCAUUUUUUCAUCUAAUGCAAGACAUCUCAGAUCACCUCUUAAAAGUGCUGAAACGGGGCGGAGCAGAGGAGUACUCAUUGGAAGUUGCCUUAGAUGCUAGCAUCAAAGCAGUUUACGACGGAGGCAGCAACGUUUUGCUGGAUAUCCACAAAAUUCUAGAUGACAACUUAGAGAUUGUAGAUAAACUAAGAGAGUUAAUAAUUGAUUGGGUUCAACAAGGAUAUCAAAAUUUUUUUAGGGCACUUGAGGUUCAGUUCCUUUCGUUUUUAGUAAGAAACAAUUCUUCAGCUACUCAAAGUCAUGGUUUGGAGGGAGCUCAAGGUGACAAAGCCUUUCCUCGCCUUGCUCUGGUGUUGGCCCAACUGUCUGCUUUUAUUGGACAAACUGCCAUACCAAAAAUCACCGAGGAUUUAGCAGCUUCCUUUUGUCGUGGAAGUGCUGGAGGUUAUGACUAUGUACUGUCCUUUGUUCCUGGAGUGAUCUCUCAAAAAUUUAGGGCAGCUGGUGAAAAGUUCUUGCAGCUGUACAUAAAUAUGAGAACUCAGAGAAUAUCACUUCUCCUGAAGAAGAGGUUUGCCACACCCAAUUGGGUUAAGCACAAGGAACCGAGAGAAGUUCAUAUGUGUGUUGAUUUAUUUCUACAAGAGCUCAAAAUUACAGGUAAUGAAGUGAAGCAGAUUUUGCCUCAAGAUUUGACGAAGCACCGAAGAGCUGAUAGUAACGGGAGCUCUGCUUCAUCAAGAAGCAACUCUUUCCGGGAGGAGAAGGAGAAGUUGAGUCGCUCUAAUAUUCAGAAGGGAAGGAGCCAACAGCUUUUGGAAACACACCUAGCCAAGCUGUUUAAACAAAAGGUUGAAAUUUUCACAAAAGUAGAAUAUACACAGGAAUCAGUGGUUAUGACCAUUGUUAAAUUGUGCCUUAAAAGUUUACAAGAAUAUGCUAGGCUCCAGACUUUUAACCGGAGUGGAUUUCAGCAAAUUCAAUUGGAUAUUCAGUUCUUGAGGACUCCAUUGAAAGAAAUAGUUGAAGAUGAGGCUGCAAUGGACUUCUUGCUUGAUGAGGUGAUUGUUGCCGCUGUAGAGCGAUGCCUUGAUCCAAUUCCUUUGGAGCUCCCCAUAUUGGAUAGACUUAUACAGGCAAAACUGGCACAACAUAAGGAAUUCGAUUUAAUCUCUCCAUAGUCAUUUUGUUAACCAGGACACCAAGUUUUCCCAUCAUUCUUUUUUGAUAAAUUUAAUAUUC